AUGAGGGGCAAGUGGUACGCCCAGCCCAGGGGCAUGACUGGGGAUUACCCUCGCGCCCAGGGGCUCUCAGCAGUCUGGGGGGCGAUUCCUCUGCCAGCAUUGCUGUCCUUCCUGGUGAUGCUUCUCAUCAUUGCCGAUUACUGGAAAAGGAGACGGCCAAAGGCUUUCCCUCCUGGGCCUCUGCCCCUUCCUUUCCUGGGCAAUAUGCUCCAUUUGGAUCCCAAGAAGCCUCACAUUGCUUUGCAAAAGCUUGCACAAAAAUAUGGCAAAAUCUUCAGCAUGCAGUUUGGAGGCAUGUGGAUUGUGAUUGUAAAUGGCUUGCCUCUGGUGAAGGAAGCGCUUGUUCAUCAAGGAGAAAACUUUGUAGAUCGCCCAAGAUUUCCUCUCACCUCGGAGAUUUUUGGGACAUUUGGACUGGUCAAUUCCAGUGGGGACAGCUGGAAACAACAGAGACGGUUUGCUUUAUCAACUCUCAGAAACUUCGGCCUGGGGAAGAGAAGUUUAGAAGAACGAAUACAAGCGGAGACCAGAUACCUUAUGGAGGCCAUCGAAGAGGAAAAAGGUCAGCCAUUCAACCCUCAUUUCCAGAUUAAUAACGCUGUUUCGAAUAUCAUCUGCUCUAUCACUUUUGGGGAUCGCUUCGAUUACCAUGACAGCCGAUUCCAGAAGUUGUUGCAUUUGAUUGAUGAGACCAUCUACCUUCAAGGAAGCAUUUGGGGUCAGGUGUACAAUUCCUUCCCAGCUGUAAUGAAGUACUUGCCAGGACCUCAUCAGAAAGUUUUUAAGAACUGGGAACAAAUUAAAUCAUUUGUAAAAGAAAUUGUCGAAAAGCACAAAGCAGUCUGGAGCCCGUCUCAAACAAGGGACUUCAUUGAUGCUUAUUUAAAUGAAAUGGCCAAGGAGGAUACCCCUGCCAGUUUCCAUGAAGAAAAUAUGCUCCAAUCAACAAUGGAUCUGUUUUUCGCUGGGACAGAAACAACAUCCACAACUUUGCGCUGGGCUUUGCUCUACAUGGCCAUUUAUCCAGAAGUUCAAGGUAGAAUGAUCAUUGUUGGGUCUCUGACUUUCACGAUGCAACUG